CAUCGCUAUUAAUGUUGACUUAUAACUUUUUAACGAUAAAUAGAUAGAUUGAAGAUAGUAAUAGUAACAGUAAUAGUAAUACGUAAUAAUUUUAACAACAGUCUUUAAAAAUCUUUAAUAAGGUUUGAAAAAAUUGGAAGCAAGAUUAUUUUGAAACUUAAAUAAUUGUAAUCAAUUCCAACAACUCAAGAAAAAAUGAGCACAGAAGAUAUGUGGACACCAUACAAAGAGCUGCAAAGUCUUAUUGAACAAUAUGUUACUUCAUCACCAAAUACAUGUGAUCCACAGUACCAUGAAUUUUCAGAAGCUUUACGUAAUUAUAGACAAAAUUUUUUAUCACUUUUGAAAAAUCCACCAAGAAACUCUAAAACUCGAGAAGAAAUUCUGAAAGGUAAUACAGAAGGAAUUCACUCACCAGGAUUAGGUCAUCAAAUGCUGACAAAAGAAUUGAUUGAUGAAACAUUGAUUAUUAGUGAUAUGUAUGAUUUAAAUGAAUUUAUGGCUCUUGAUUUAUUGUAUACUGCACAAUUGCAAAUGCCAUAUUACCCAGGAUUAACCAGAGGUCUUACAGCAAUCUUAUUAUAUUACGAUGGAAGGAAAGCUCUUACAUCAUCAUUGAAGACCUUGGUUCAAGCCAGAGCUGGUCAUAGCUGGAUGUUAGAUAUACCAGUAAGAUUGACCAAACAAAUUACAGAAUAUACUAACAAAAUGGAAGAAGAUGGGCUAUUGUGUAGAAUUAUGCAUUUGCUUGAAGAAAUGGAUCCAACAAGGGAACAAGAUCUUUUACAACAAAAUAGAGCACUUGGUGGUUCAAAACAUCAUUACAUGGUUAUGAAAUUAUUUAAUGAUACUCGACAAGAUUUGGCAGAUAUAUUAUAUAUGUGGUCAGCUCAAUCAGGUCUACCAAUCAUUAUAAUGUUUCGACUUGUAAUGUUAUUACAAAAGCUUCAUCCUGAGUCAGAAGCUGGAGAAGGUAGUCCAGACAAGGUCACAAUAACCCUUAUUAUGUCCCUUUUAAGUUCAAUAAAUUUAAGUCCUCUUCAUAGCAGGGAAGAUGGUGAAGAAAUUAUUCGUUUAAUGCCAAUAAUAUCGGAAAAUAGUGCUUUUGAUAAACUUAUUCAGAAGUUAAUGAACCCCAAUAUUUCAUGGGAAAGUACUGGAUUGAAAGGAUUUAUACAAUUUGUUCUUGCAAUCGCUGUAACAACAAUAAAAUCUGCACCAAAUAUUUGUCCAAUACAUAAUAUUACAAAAGAAGAUGAAAUACUUAUUGAAGCUGCUUUAUCUAAUAAAGCUUUUCAUUUUGCAGCUGAAGUUCUUUUUAAAAGCAAACAUUUGCAUUAUGAAGAAUUUUACUUGCGUUACUUUCAUACAUUAAUAUCAGAUUUUAUUUUAUUAAUGCCUUUAAAAGUGAAAGAGUUGAAGAGUAGAGCAGAUGAAUCAAUGCGUUUAAUUCAAGCUUAUCAACAAGAAGGAAUUGAGCCCCCCAUGAAUUUAGAUAACCAUUUUAAAUAUUUAAUGUUAAUGAUAGCCGAAAUUUAUAAAUUUGAUCCACUAAAUCUAAAUUUGGUCAUGGAUUACUGGUAUCAGCAUUCAGAAACUUCUCAUGUAUCUAAUACUAGUCACUCUAGUAAAUUACCAUCAAAACAAGUUGCUUUAUUCAAAUUUGUACGAUUAGCUGGAGAAAUUCUUCCUGCAGGUUUAUUCGUUCCAUACUUAAAUAUGAUUGCAUCCUUGGCUUCAUCAACACAAGCUGCCAGACAAGCCUUCAACUUUCUUAAACCAAAUGGUUCAGCUGGCUCAACAACAAUAUCAUGGGAUCACUUUUUUAGUUCUUUAAACCGUUAUUAUUAUAACUUAAGACAAGAACUUCCACCUACUAUACAAGACACAGUAUAUCGUCAGCGUGGUCUUUCAAAAGGCAUAACCCCAAAUGAAGUUAAAGGUUUGGAGGCAGUUCUUCAAGUUAUUCAAGUUGUAGCAAAAUAUGACGAAAUGUCUAGAGUAACCUUGUGUGAUCAUCCAGCUUGGAAGGUAUUGCAGUCUGUUAUAGGUUUAGUUAGUUGUGCUAUGCCUAUUCCAUUAAAAGGAUGUUUAGUACGAACUUUAGCUGCUCUUGCAAAAUCACCAGAUAGUUCAUCUACUGUUUGGCAAAAUUUAGAAGCUACUCAAAUUAUCACUACAAUACCAACAACUAGCAGCUAUCAGCCUCGAGGUGUUCAAACAGAGUUGGAUGAAAUUGAAUCUCGAAAUGAAGAAUAUCCAUUGACUAGAGCAAUGCUUGAAUUACUAGAUGUUUUGACUGAUUUUCCAAUUCCUCGUUUGCUCGGAGUGGGCCAGAGAAAUCCUGGGUUUGAUCCAUAUCUAAACUUUAUCAUUAAUACUGUUUUCUUACGAUUCAACACACGUUCAUAUAAAAAUCCAAGUGAGAAAUGGGAAGUGGCUCAUGCUUGCUUAAAAAUACUUUCCAAACUUCUUCAGCGAUAUGAGCCAUCUGUUGAAGAUUUUGUUGGAUGCAAAAUUGAACUGCAAGGUGGUGAAUCUAUGGUAAUUAAUGCUUCACCCGGAUAUCAUUUAAUGACACAGCUUCAUUCAAAUACAGAACUGCUUCGAAAUUUAUUAUAUAUUCUUGAGGAAGGAUGCCAUUGGCUGGACACAUAUGAUACAUUUGCUGGUAAAAUGUUUCUUGAAGAAAGUACUCUAAGUUGUUUAGAAAUAUUAGAAAGAACUCUAAAAACUCAACAUCAGUACAUGUCACAACUAGCUAUCGUGUCAUCAUCUGAUAAAAUAUUAACGGGAUUAUCUCGGCUUUUGCUAGGAGUAAAUCAUCGUACAGGAAAACCCGAUCAUAUGAUUAACAUUGCUCAGUAUAUUCUAUACAACAGUUGGUUACAACGACAUACAAAUAUUGCUGUUGGUAUCAUCCAUAGUGUAUCCAAUGAACCAGGGGCUGAUUCAGAACUCUUAUCAACUUUUACCUCUACAGCAGUACUCUCUACAAAUAUUAGGCACGGCUUUGUUGAAUGUUUGGAUAUGGAAGAGACAUAUACUGAGAAUGAAGAAGAGGGACAAAAGAAUAAACAGCAGAUAAGGCACUGUAAAGAGCGAAUAUUGUCGCUAUUGAUGCAAAGUAUCACUUGUCCAGCCCCCAAUCUUGCUCAUUAUUUACUUGGAUUUGAAAUUUCUAAAGAUAUUAGAAAAACUGUAAUUCAACAACCUGGAAUCCUCGCUUAUCCUAGAACUUGUUUACACUCUAUUUUAGGAAUUUUAGAGUCAUCUUUGGAAAAAGGCCGGAAUAAAAUAACAGAAGCUUGUUACUGGUUUCUUCAUACACUGGUAUCGAACAGUAAAACUUCAAUCCCGGUGUUGCGUUUUCUUCGAACUACAACUAACCAAGAUUUUGUACAUCGGCAUUUAUCAAAGUUACCAUUUCAAGGACUGGAUAGAGCUAGUGAUUUGACUUGUAUGUCAUGGUUACUUAAAAUUGCCGCUAUUGAAUUACGCGUUGGUAGUGGAAGUCUUCAAAAUUCAUUGAUACAAAAAUUAAUUGGAAACCAUGGUCAAGAUAGAGAUCAAAUUGUGCCAUCCCAAAAGUUAUUGAUGGAUUUACUACAUUACAUAGAUUUUCAAUUGCAAUUAGAACCUCAUAAAUCUUGGGAAUACUUUGAUCCUUCUCAAAUAGAAAUGGUUUUUGGACGUUGUAGCGUUGCGGUAGCUCUUUCUGGAGGACCACAGCUUAUCGACAUAAAAGAAUUACAUUUACUCAUAACAGAAGAAUUAUCGGUUACUCAAGCAAGUGCUACUGCUAGUCAAAGAAAACUUAUGCAACAAGAAUUAAAAUCAAUUUUAGAUUAUGCAUUGAAAAGAAAUCAAAUCAAAACUCUGUCUUAUGCUACUGUGAAAUUCGUAGAAGGUUGGUGUCAAGUGACAGAAAUCCUUUUUUCAAUUGCCUCAAAUCAACAAUUACCUGUGGUACAGAAGCAAAAUUUCAUACUGAAUCUUUCUCAUGAUUUACUGCGAAAAAUGACCUCGUGCGAAGCCUUGAAUGAGAUCAAAACGUUAGUCUCUGGGACAGUUUUGAUUCUAUUAGUGAAUUUGCGUGUAAGUUUAGCUUUACAAUCAGACGACGAACUAUUGUCACCUUCUGCCACUAACACAACUAUGAUGAAAAUAAUUCUGAAUCACAUCCUUCAAUGGAUUCUAAAUUCCGAAGCUUCAUCUCAAAAAGUUUGUACUCACCUUUUUGGAGCUCUUCUCUAUUUUCUUUACAUUGUCAUCUCUGAUAAAGCUGGAGUUGAAGUUAAUAAUAUAGAUGUAACUUUUGUUAACCAGUUAGAUAACUCUUUUUAUAGAGCACUACCAAUGCAACGAUCACAUCAAUAUAGCACUAUCGAAGUAAUAAAUAGUUUUGGUGAUAAAUUAAAGGAUAUUAUAUGCCAUAGUUGCUCUGGUGGACAUGACGUUUGCAAAAUGUUAGGGUUUUCCUGUCUUAAUAAAAUUCUUGAAUUAGAUUGUGACAAUUCAUGGAUUACAUAUUUGUCAAGUAGAGGAUAUUUGAAACACAUGAUUGACAAUUUGUUAGAAUCAGAUAACUUGCUUCGUUGUUUGUUUCAGCCAGAUCCUCAGACCUUGCGACCAUUAUAUUUAUAUGAAGCAAAAAUGGCUAUGUUUAAUCGCAUGGCUUCAACUAGAUUAGGUGCUGAAAGUCUUUUAGAAAAUAACAUUUUAUCAUGUCUUUCAAACAUGUCUGUCGUUGAUCAACAUCCAGAUAUCCAAGAUAGUAUUAAUGGAAUAGAUCCUUCUUUCCUACCAUCAGUGACAGAAAGAUAUCAACAGAUUUUUUUACCAAUGCUUUGUUUAUGCGAUGCCUUGCUUACUACACUUGGCACAGAAAAUCAAUCAUGUGCUAUACAAAUUUGUGGAUUUUUACAAAGUCAUCGUGAUACAGUUGAAAUGACUUUGAGGAAUAUUUCACCUACAUCAAAUACUUUAUUUAUAAAUGAAGUGGCAUAUUUAUCAGGCAUCAUAGCUCGAUCUGCCAACAUUGAUAUAUAUAGAUUAGUCGACGAGGAAGCGAACAAAUCAGAUAUAGGUGAGAGUGUAAUAAAAGACGGUAUUGGUAUGAGUGAACUGCGAGCGCAUCUUUACAGAUUACAAAGACUGAUGUUAGCUCUUUUGCCAAAAUUUCAACCAUUACUCAAAUGUGGUGUAAACCAUUGGAAUUUUAUAUGUGCUCAGAUUACCGCUAACAUUAUGUUAUAUGCGCGAAAUCAAAUGCAACAUAGCAGAAUGGAUCAAAAAUUACGAAGCGUAUUGUUCGAACCGUAUUUAUCAUACAAAACUGAUAAUCAAGAAAUCAGAAUGAGAGAAGCUUCUUGUGGAGUACACCUAGGAGUCGUUGUUGAACUAUUAAUUUCUGCGACCGAUUUAUUGCAACAUGAAUUAUCGCAGAAUCCAACAUGUGUUAAGAAAAUGAGUUCAUCAGAUCUAAAAAAGUAUUUAAAUGACGAAGAAAUUGAGUUAGAUAUAACUAAACAAAGAAUAAUAAUUGAACAAAAAAUUUAUCAUCAAGAGAAAGAAAAACGCCAGAAUAUGAAAUAUGCUUCACUGAUUAUUGAGCAUAGUUUAUAUAUACUCUGGAGUCAUUUAGAUUUCUAUACUAUACAAACAGUAGCUCAAUCUAAAUCACAUUUAUCCUCUGUUAAUCUGGAUGAUAGUUCACUGGAACUAAAAAAGUUGAAUGAAUCGUUUCCAGAAUUGAAAAAAGGGCUUGUGUCUAUUUUCACAGAUAGUUUUGCUACAAAACUUUUAGAAAUACAUAGAGAAUAUUCAAUAGCAGAUCAAACCUUCAUUGAGUCACUUAUUAGAAGAAUAAAAAGAUUUUUGCAAUUCAUUGUCACUUAGUAACAGUCAAUAUCAUUUUUCUUAAUAUUAAAAAUGUAUAUUUUUUCUAUCAUAUAAUAAAACUUCU